AUGCCAAUGGGCCCAGAAAUGAGAGGCAUGUUUCUCCUUUUCUUUUUCCUUCUAAAAUGUCUUGGUGACUGCAUUUGAAGUUCUGUGAUAUGGAAUAAAUGUGUGUAGCACCCAGAUUUGUUUAAAUAUAUUCUCAAUGAAAUGUGUGUUUAUGAGGCAGUAAGUCUGACCAUUUCUAUGUAUGGGAUAUUUUAGGCUGCAGUGACCUUUAAGGAUGUGCAUGUGGACUUCUCUCGGGAAGAGUGGGCUUUGCUGGACCCUUCUCAGAAGAAUCUCUACAAAGAUGUGAUGCUGGAAACCUACUGGAACCUCACUGUUGUAGGCUACAAAUUGCAAGACCAGUAUAUUCAAGAACACUGUGAAGGUGCUAGAAGAAGACUUGGAAGGUAUAAUGUCUGUCACUGUGGAUACAACCAUUGUGAGCAUAGGGGAUACAGAAAGAAGCAUUCUAUGUUUGCAAGUAGCGUUUCUUUUCAAAUAUGUGAAAGAGUCCCUACUGAAGAGAAAACCUAUGAGUGUAGUCAACGCAGUAAAGCCAUUGCAAAUUUCAGUAGUCUUCAAAAACAAGAAAAAAAUCAUAAUAGAGAAAAGCCCUAUGCAUGUAAUCACUGUGGUAAAGCCUUUGCAAGUCACAGUUCUCUUCAAAUACACAAAAGAGUUCAUACGGGAGAUAGACCCCAUGAUUGCAACGAAUGUGGUAAAACAUUUGCAUAUCGUGGUAAUCUUCAAAUACACAAAAGAACUCAUACAGGAGAGAAACCCUAUGAUUGCUUUAAAUGUGGUAAAGCAUUUGCAUGUCGCAGUGUUCUUCACAAACAUGAAAGAAGUCAUACUACGGAGAAACCCUAUGAAUGUAAUCAAUGCAAUAAAACCUUUGCAAAUUUCAAUACUUUUCGAAAACAUGAAAAAUACCAUAUUAGAGGAAAACCCUAUGAAUGUAAUCUCUGUGGUAAAGCCUUUGUAGGUCGCAUUUCUCUUCAAAUACACAAAAGAACUCAUACAGGGGAGAAACCCUAUGAUUGUAGUGAAUGUGGUAAAGCGUUUGCUUGUCGCAGUAAUCUUCAAAUACACAAAAGAACUCACACAGGAGAGAAACCCUAUGAUUGCAAUGAAUGCGGUAAAGCAUUUGCAUGCCGCAGUCAUCUUCAAAUACAUGAAAGAACGCACACUGGAGAGAAACCUUAUGGAUGUAAUCAUUGUGAUAAAGUCUUUGCACGUCGUAGUAGUCUUCAAAUGCAUGAAAGAAUUCAUACUGGAGAGAAACCCUAUGAAUGUAAUCACUGUGGAAAAGCCUUUGCAUAUAACAGUGAUCUUCACAGGCAUGAAAUAAUUCAUACUGGGAAGAAACCCUAUGUAUGUAAUCAAUGUGGUAAAGCCUUUGCACGUCGUAGAAGUCUUCGAAAUCAUGAAGAAUAUCAUACCCUUGAGAAACCGUAUGAGUGUACUCUAUGUGGUAAAGCCUUCACAUAUCGCAGUAAUCUUUAUAUACAUGAAAAAACUCAUACUGGAGAGAAAGCAUAUGAAUGCACUCAAUGUGGUAAAGCCUUUUCAUGUCGCAGUAAUCUUCAUGUACAUGAAAGAAGUCAUGCUGGAGAGAAACCCCAUGAGUGUAAUCGAUGUGGAAAAGCAUUUCUACUACGUAGUAGUCUUCAAAUUCAUGAAAGAACUCACACUGGAGAGAAACCUUAUGGAUGUAUUCAAUGUGGUAAAGCCUUUGCACGUCGCAGUCAUCUUCAAAUACAUGAAAGAAGCCAUAGUGGAGAGAAACCCUAUGAGUGUAAACAAUGUGGUAAGGCCUUUGCAAGUCGUAGCAGUCUUCGAAAUCAUGAAAAACGUCAUACUGUUGAAAAGUCUAAUACUGUUAAAAAAUCUUAUGAAUGUAAUCAGUGCAAUAAAGCCUUUGCACGCCGCAGUCAUCUUCAAAUACAUGAAAGAAAGCAUACUGGAAAGAAAGUCUAUGAGUGUAGUCAAUGUGGGAAACUCUUUGCAAGUCAUAGUUAUCUUCAAAUACACAAAAGAACUCAUAGUGGAGAGAGACCGUAUGAAUGUACUCAGUGUGGUAAAGCCUUCGCAUGUCGCAGUAAUCUUUGUAUACAUGAAAGAAGUCAUACUGGAGAGAAGCCAUAUGAAUGUAAUCAGUGUGGUAAAGCCUUUGCAUAUUGGAGUAGUCUUCAUAAUCACAAAAACUGUCAUACUGCAGGGAAACAUUACAAAUGUAAUUGAUGCCGUAAAGCUUCGGCACAUCAGUGUAAUCUUGAUGCAUUAAAGCGUUGGCAUGUCAGUGCAAUAUUCAAACACAUCAACGAUGUGCUACUGGACAGAAGCCCUGCAAAUGUAAUCAAUGU